AUGGCGUCCCAGUCCCAGGGCAUUCAGCAGCUGCUGCAGGCGGAGAAGAGAGCCGCAGAGAAGGUCGCAGAGGCCCGCAAGCGUAAAAACCGCCGUUUGAAACAAGCGAAAGAAGAAGCUCAAGCGGAGAUCGAACAGUACCGUCUGCAGCGAGAGAAGGACUUCAAGACCAAAGAGGCCGCGGCUCUGGGUUCCCACGGUAACAGCGCAGUGGAGGUGGACCGCGACACGGCUGAGCGGAUGAACCGGAUCCAGGCCAGUUUCAAAGGGAACAAGGACACCGUGCUGAGCGAGCUGCUCAAGCGGGUGUGCGACAUCCAGCCCGAGCUGCACCUCAACUACAGGGUCCAGGGCUAG